AUGAAGCCUCAGAUCCUUUCUAGGGCUGUUCAAUUGCUCCCUGCUCUUCUUUGCCUCGUGGAUGCUGCUCCUGCCUCCGUCCGAAGGGAUGACAGCUCAAGUAACCCUGGCCUGAGAGGUUCGGAGGCACUCGUUGGAUACUCCCCUACUGAAAAAGUAGCAACUGGAGCAAAGCCUGAUAUCAAGUAUACUCUUCUUCCGGGACAAAAGGAAGACCCGGACAUUGGCUCUUAUCUCGAUUUCGAGAACGUUGAGAACCCUCAACCUAUCCGAGGGACCACUGGCUCCGAUGAUCCUGGUCCUCGGAAUUAUUACUAUGACCGCAUCAACAGUGAUAAGCUAGCGCCGCCAGGUACCGAUCAUGGAGCGACAAUUAAUGCACAAUGGCCCAUGGGUCUAAGUCACAACAGACUGGGAAUCGAUAAUGCCGGUUGGGCCCGUCAAGAGAACACUGUUGUUAUGCCUGAUGCCACUGAAAUGGCAGGUGUUGAUAUGCGACUGGAGCCUUCAGCUUAUCGUGAGCUACACUGGCAUGUUGCUUCUGAGUGGUCCUUGAUUCUCAAUGGGUCUUGCAGGAUUCAGGCUAUCAACGAAAAUGGAGAGACGUUCAUCGACGAUCUACAAGCAGGUGAUGUCUGGUUCUUCCCUCCUGGUAUUCCCCACUCUAUUCAAGCACUAGAUGAUGGCGUCGAAUUCCUUCUGGUCUUUGAUCAGGGUGACUUUAGCGAGGACAACACGUUCCUGGCCACAGAGGUCUUCCUCCACAGCCCCAAAGAGGUAUUGGCAAAGAACCUCGGAGUUUCCGUCUCGGCUUUCGAUGAUAUCCCAGACGACGAACUCUACAUUUUCAAGGGAACUCCUGCCCCCGCAGAUAUUGAAGAGCAAAACGUCACCACAUCUGCCGGUCUCGUUCCUCGCUCAGAAAGCUAUUCUUACCACUUCUCAGAACAGCCUGCUCAUGAGGUUGCGGGUGGAUCUGUCAAGAUUGUGGAUCCACUCACUUUCCCUGUCGCUAGCAACUUCUCUGCUGCCGUUGUCACGGUUAACCCAGGCGGCAUGCGUGAGAUCCACUGGCACCCAACGAGCGAUGAGUGGACCUUCUUCAUCAAGGGUCAGGGUCGUGCAACAUUAUUCACGGCUCCUAAUGCUGCGACAACCUUUGACUAUCGCGCUGGCGAUGUUGGGUACUUCCCGAAGUCGAACAGCCACUAUAUUGAGAAUACUGGUGACGAGGAGUUGAUGUUCCUUGAAGUGCUACAAGCACCUCAAUUUACAGAUAUGGCCCUUGGUCAAUGGAUUGCAUCUACCCCGAAGCAGAUUGUCAAGGAUACUUUGAACCUGAGCGACAGCACUCUCAGUCAGCUGAAGACUGAGAAGCAGUAUGUUGUUGCAGGUACUACCAGUGAUUAA